AUUUGGCGCCAAAUAAUGACGUCAUGUAAAAUUAGGACCGGAAAUAAUGGAAAAUAUUUGAAACAGAAGAAUAUAGGAAAUAAUUUAAGAAAAUGGUGAAAGGGACAUGAGAAUUAGUUUAAACGUACAAGUGUUCUUGUUUUUGUGUAUCUGCUGUUUUCAUUCAGAUGACGGUUCUCAACAGGGCAUGGAAUGCAUCGGUUACUUCAAAAAGUCCUACGAGCGAAUAAAUGGAGAAAAAUAUAAUUAUUGCUGGAAAUUUGUUCCAUACACUCGCACGGCGAAAUCAGCCAACAGACAAUGUCAUGGGUAUAGGGGACGUCUAGUCGCAAUAACAAGCGCAUCAAAAGCCAAAAAACUCUCUGCAUUUGUUAAAGAAAUUGUACAGCAUGGAAGUGGCCAGGGCCAUAAGAUAACGAAAACGUUCAAAGAAGUUUGGAUCUCCGAUAUCAAAGACGGUAAAUGGAGGGCCAGAGGCUUUAAGGUUGAUAAAGAGGCUACGAAUGAAGUAGCCAUUAAACCGGGGGAACAUUGCGUAGUUUUUAAUUACGUCACGGCCAAGUGGCGGUAUGAAAAGUGUUCUAAGUCAUACUACAUGAUUUGUGAAAGCACCAACGUAAUGUUACCGGAUGACGUUGAUGCAGAGGACACGCCUUUUCCACCGUCCAGUCUUAAACCAACACCACCUCCGCCUGUUGGAGCCAAACUGUCCUGUCCUCCAAGGUAUUUCGAAUAUGACAAACAUUGUUACUUCAUUGGUCAAGUCAGGGAAACACAUGCGGAAGCGGAAAAAACGUGCCACAAGACAGGCGGUAAUUUGGUCUGGAUAUCGAAUAAUGCAAAGUACAGCCAGGUCAAGAAAGUUGUUACGUCACAUAAAGGUAAAUUCAAGAAAAUACUUCACGCCGCUUGGCUUGGGCGAUUAGAAGGAAAUGGCUUUAUUAUCAAAUGGAAGGAAUUAGGGACGAAUGCGAGAUUUCUUUUCAACAAACAACGUAUGCAGCUUCGGAGUUAUUUUGAUAUGGGUAAAAUUCCAAAUUUGAUUAUCCAAGAAGAUGGAUUAAUAUUUCAUUGUUAUGAAGAUUGCCAGGACAUUGGAGCCCUCUGCGAGUCACCGCGUAGAAUUUUAACAGAGAAAGGGGAACAACUAGCUGCAAAGAUAGCAGCGGAGAAAACAUCGAAACCAAAAAAAAUCAAGGAAACUGUGAAAACGAAGAAACCAGUCAAGACUAAAGAGGCAAAGAAAAUUUUCGAAACGGAGAAACCACAUCGAAUGAAUCCUCAAAGCAAGUCACAGAAUCAUAUGAAUACAAAUUCAAAGUCAACAUCCUCUGAACCAUUAAAGAAACUGAAUAGUUACACUCACAAAGAAAAACCACAGACACAAUAUCUUAACAGCCCUAAAACUAUACAUGGAAAUAGCAAACACAAUGAAAUUCCAAAAGUGACGCAUACGUUUGAAGAGGAAACAAGUGUGUUGGAACCGGAGCAAACGAACCGAACUCGCGCAGAAGGUGAUCACGUGACACCGCAGACAGAACCACAGACGAAAGAUAUGAGUAAUGUUAAUAAACCUCAUCCGAUGAAAGAAGACCCAGAUGAAGAUAGCAUUGUAGCCGUUAAAUCUAAUAAGUUUCUCCUGUCAAGUGGCUCCUCACAUCACGUGACUAUUUAUCAGUAUCACAUUUUUCUACUAACGUGCAUGUUCUUAUAUGACAUUACGGUUCACUGAUCGUCUUAUGAUUAAUAGAACUUGAAGCCAGAAAUAAAAUUCUUGAGACUUG